UGGAAAAGUGAUGUUCUAAUCGGGUCGGGUCGUAGAUCCGAUAAGUUGGAUCAUUUUCUGAACCCUACCAAAACCCUGAAACUUCAUUUUUUUGAAACUUCAUUUUCUUCAAGCAACUUAACUACAAUGGCGAAAUCACAUGCAGCCGGUUUAUUCUCGGCAAUAACCGCCACCAUCUCUGCAUCACGUUUUUCUCAAACUACUUUUUCCGAUGGAGCCAUUCCUUCAUCUUCAUCUUCUUCUGAAACCGAAUCAUCUUCGAAGACACGAAACAAUCAUCCCAGGACAACAUCUUCUGGAUUCGAUCCCGAAGCACUCGAAAGAGGUGUUAAAGCUCUCAAGGAUAUUUCAUCUUCAUCACAUGCUAAAAAGGUGUUUGAAAUUUUGAAGAAACAAGAGGAGACUAAGCAAGUUGAGUUUGCUGCUAAAGUUGCCGAGUUUCAUCAAAUGAAAGCACAACAAGAGACUGAAAGACAAAGGUUUUUAUACGAAGAAGAAAAAAAGCUGGCCCAGAUGAAGGCGCAAACAAAAUCCCAGAUGGAUAAAUAUGAGGAUGAGUUGGCAAGGAAGAGGAUGCAGGCCGAACAUGAGUACCAUAGAGUAAGGAACCAAGAGCUAGUAAAAUUGCAAGAAGAAUCAUCAAUCAGACAGGAGCAAGCUCGACGUGCAACAGAAGAACAAAUUCAAGAACAACGAAGGCAAACUGAGAGGGAAAAGGCUGAGAUCGAACGUGAAACAAUCAGAAUAAGUACUAUGGCAGAAGCAGAAGGGAGAGCGCACGAAGCAAAGCUAUCUGAAGAGAUUAACAGGCGAAUACUAAUUGAACGUGCUAAUGCAGAGCAAGAAAAAUGGAUUUCUAUCAUAAAUACUACCUUUGACCAUAUUGGAGGGGGUGUAAGAACCAUUCUAACAGAUCGAAAUAAGUUGGUUGUAGCAGUUGGUGGAGUGACUGCUCUGGCAGCGGGGGUCUACACAACAAGGGAAGGCGCACGGGUUAUUUGGGGAUAUGUUGAUAGAAUAUUGGGACAACCAUCAUUGAUCCGAGAGUCCUCCAGAGGGAAAUACCCCUGGUCUGGCAUGUUUUCUCGAGCCAAGAGCACCCUUUCUCGACGUAGUGAUCUAGAUUCUGCUUCAAAAAAUGGAAAGGGUUUUGGCGAUGUAAUUUUGCAUCCAUCUCUUAAUAAAAGAAUUGAGCAGCUGGCAUCUGCAACUGCGAACACAAAAGCACAUCAGGCUCCAUUCAGAAACAUGCUUUUUUAUGGCCCUCCAGGAACAGGAAAGACAAUGGCUGCCAGAGAGUUGGCUCGUAAAUCCGGAUUGGAUUAUGCGUUGAUGACUGGAGGGGAUGUUGCUCCACUGGGAUCGCAGGCUGUAACAAAGAUACACCAAUUGUUUGAUUGGGCCAAAAAGUCAAAUAGGGGUUUACUGCUUUUCAUUGAUGAAGCUGAUGCAUUUCUGUGCGAGCGGAACAAGACAUAUAUGAGUGAAGCACAAAGAAGUGCACUAAAUGCCCUUCUCUUCCGCACUGGUGACCAGUCUGAAGACAUAGUCCUUGCCCUUGCGACAAAUCGUCCCGGUGACCUAGAUUCAGCUGUUGCAGACCGUAUUGAUGAGGUCCUAGAAUUUCCCUUACCCGGAGAAGAGGAACGUUUUAAACUUCUUAAGCUCUACCUGGACAAAUACAUAGCGCAAGCUGGAUCACAAAAAUCCGGUUUAUUUUUCAAAGCAAACCCACAAAAGAUAGAGAUUAAGGGAUUGACCGAUGAUAUCAUAAAGGAAGCGGCAGCUAAGACCGAUGGAUUUUCCGGAAGGGAAAUAGCGAAACUGAUGGCUAGUGUCCAAGCUGCUGUGUACGGAAGCGAUGACUGUGUGCUUGACCCAAGCUUGUUCCGUGAAGUGGUAGAUUAUAAAGUUGCUGAACAUCAACAGAGAAUAAAAUUGGCAGCUGGUGAUAAAGCUAGUUAGUGCAUGAUGAGGAUAUAUAUUCAUAGAGAAAGUUUCUGUUAUUAAUCUUUUAAUGUAGGGCUGUUCUGUUCUUAGCAUGCUGUCAUUCAUUGUUUAUCCCUAAUUGAUGGGAAGAUUUUGAAAUUUAAAUAUAGGCUGAUAAUCACUAUUGAAUAUUUGAUUCAUCACUGGUUGUAACUCCUGAUUCAGGUUUUGCUAACUAUCAAGUUGAGAAUUAUUUUUCUCACUUUAUGACUGAUCAUAAACUAGGGUGAUCGAGGAGAGGUUUAAUUUUUGGUGUAAGUUUUUAUUACAUAGUCACAAUAAUAAAUUAUAUGAUUUUAGGGGUUUCAUUAA